GCCACAAAAAGUGACGUAUAAAGUAACCUACAAAAAAAGUUGUUUAUUUUAUAAUCCAAACCUUAAUUUGUUAUUAAUUUUAUCACUAUAUUGUCACAAAAAUAACAUAUAAUGUCUUCAAAGACAAACAACGUUCGUCAGCAAUUAACAAACAUUAUUAAUUCUGGUGGAUCACAUAAAGAACAAGCAGAGAAGUAUCGUGGGAUUUUAGAGGCAAUUUUAGCAGAUCCCAGUGAUGAAUUAGUCGAAUGUUUGCAAGUUUUUAUAGAAGCAAUCGUAAAUGAGAACGUUAGUUUAGUGAUUUCUCGUCAAAUUCUUACUGAUGUUAGUUCGUAUUUAGUAAAAUUACCUCAUGAAGUAUCUAGAGUGGUGUCACACUUUAUUUUGGACAAAGUACAACCGCGAGUAAUUUCAUUUGAAGAACAAGUAGCCAGCAUUCGGCAACAUCUUUCAGAAAUAUAUGAAAAAAGUCAAAACUGGAAAGAGGCCGCCAACGUUUUGGUAGGCAUUCCUUUGGAAACUGGUCAGAAACAGUACACUAUUGAUUAUAAACUGGAUACAUACCUGAAAAUAGCUCGUUUAUACCUGGAAGAUGAUGAUCCAGUCCAGGCCGAAGCCUUUAUAAAUAGAGCUUCAUUAUUACAAGCAGAAUCAAAAAAUGAACAACUGCAAAUUUACUAUAAAGUUUGCUAUGCAAGAGUCUUAGAUUAUCGAAGAAAAUUCAUCGAAGCAGCACAGAGAUACAAUGAAUUAUCUUAUAGAAAUAUUAUACAUGAAGAUGAGCGUAUGACAGCUCUUCGCAACGCUUUGGUUUGCACAGUUUUAGCAUCUGCUGGUCAGCAAAGAUCUAGAAUGUUGGCAACUUUAUUCAAAGACGAGCGUUGUCAGCAGCUCCCCGCCUUUCCAAUCCUUGAAAAAAUGUAUUUAGAUCGAAUUAUUAGGCGCUCCCAUUUACAAGAAUUCGAGGCACUUCUUCAGCCACAUCAAAAAGCCACCACAGUUGAUGGCACUACAAUUCUAGAUCGUGCUGUUGUAGAACACAAUCUGCUUUCAGCCAGUAAAUUAUAUAACAACAUUACAUUCGAAGAACUUGGCGCUUUACUGGAAAUUCAUCCUUCUAAAGCCGAAAAAAUCGCAAGUCAAAUGAUCACAGAAGGAAGAAUGAAUGGAUAUAUUGAUCAAAUCGACUCAAUAGUUCAUUUUGAAACCCGCGAAACGUUGCCUCAGUGGGAUAAACAAAUUCAAUCCUUAUGUUAUCAAGUUAAUUCAAUUAUUGAACUGAUUUCAAAAGCUCAACCCGAAUGGAUUAUUAAAGUCAUGGAGGAGCAAAUGAUGCAAUAAAUUUGUGGAAUCAGUUGUUAAGUUAUUUAAUAACGAAUCAAUGAAUUGCUGUAUUUUAUUUUGAAUUAAUAAAUACAUAUGUAAAUUAUAA